UCCGCUAAAAGGUAUAGUUCCCUUUAUUUGUUUAGAUUUUAAUAAUCCCUCUUAGCUAACGUCGAGAAUACUGAUAUGAUUAGCUAGUAUUUAAGAACAGCGAAAUAUUGAAUGUUAAAUUUUAGCUCGUCGUGGUCUUGCUAUUCUCAGCAUUUGGGCGUUUGAAAUUAGACACCGCUGGCUUUGAGGCCCCUCUUUCCAUGCGGAAGGAUACGUUGUUGCUACCAACAAUGUGGAUGGAGGUGGUUAAGAUGUCUACUAGAAGAAUGAAAUCGCUACAAUUGUAACAACAAAAAGGAAGUCGUGAGUCUGGCAACUGGAGACUGUUUAUAGUCGAACGGGCUACAUUGUUUUAUCACGCGGAUUGCCUAUCGAAGCAAGGUCGUGGAGCAAUAGAAGACUUCUUGCAGCGCUUCCCAAUGCUUUUCGGACGCAGAGGUUGAAAUUCUCCCCAAGUUUUAUGUGUUUUCCCUGCGAGAUUCAGCUUUUCUUUUUCUCUGUUGGAUGUCAGACGUUUGAAAAAGAAAGGGUUUUUUAAGCACAGAGGGGCAUGAACGAGCAGCAGCAGAGAAUGGCUGCAGUGGAAACAGACAAGGAACUCAACGACCUCCUGGAUUUCAGUGCGAUGUUCGCACCCCCGGUGGCCAAUGGAAAGAACAGACCAAUUACACUCGCCAGCAGUCAGUUUAGUGGCUCAGGUAUAGAUGAGCGCAGCAAUUCUGGUUCCUGGGGUCCAGGAGAGCAGAGCCCCUCCUUCAGUCAGGGACGGGGCUAUGGAGAUGGUUCCCACUACAGCGAGCAUGACGGGCUCUCCUCCCCCUUCCUCAGCUCAGGGAUUGCCGGAAAGAAUGAAAGAGUACCAUACAGCUCAUUUGGGGGACAGCCAGGGUUCCUUCCCAGUGACAUAGCCAUGCCAAGUCCGGACGCCAUGUCCCCCUCCGGCCUCAAGUCGGGCUCCCAGUUCUACCAGUCAUAUCCCAACAACCUCCGCAGGCGGCCCUCAGAUGGGAGCAUGGACUCCCAGCCCAAGAAGAUGCGGAAACCCCCAGGCUUGCCUUCCUCGGUAUAUGCCUCUACAUCAGGAGAGGAGUACAGUCGAGAUGGAGCAGUAUACCCUGGCUCCUUCUACAUGCAAGAGGGCCUUCACCCCUCCCCUGACCUGUGGUCCUCUUCCGGAGCCCUUGGCCAGCCGGGCUACUCGGCCAUGCUGGGCAACUCCUCACACAUCAGCCAGUCAGGCUCCUUCUCGGUCAUCAACCCCCAGGACAGAAUGAAGCGGCAGCCCCUGCCCCUGUCCCCGCAGAACUACCCUCUCCAUGGCACUGACGUCAACGGCAGCCUGCCCUCCAGCUUCCACUCCAGCUCCGGAGGCUUCAACCACACGGCCUCCAACAACGGCGCCGCCGACAACAUCAUGGCCAAUCGAAGCACCACAACAAACAGCUCAGGGGAUGAGAUUGGGAAAGCUCUCGCCUCAAUUUACCCAUCAGACCACAACAGCAACAACUUCCCUUCAACGCCUUCCACUCCUGUCGGCUCCCCACAAGGCAUCGCAGGUGCAUCACAGUGGCCAAGACCCAGUGGUCAGACCGCCUUGUCGCCAAACUAUGAAGGAGGACUGCACGCCCUGCAGAACAAAAUGGAGGACCGUCUUGACGAGGCCAUCCAUGUGCUCCGCAGCCAUGCAGUAGGCCAGGGCCCAGGUGGCCCAGGUCACACGGGGGGUCACUCAGACUUGCACAGCCUGGUCAGUGCUGUCAGCGCGCUGCAGAACGGAGCUCUGGGGGGACUCGCGCAGGCCUUCUCCGGCGCCGGCCUGGGACUCGGCAACCGGCACCCUGCCAUGUCUGGAGGGCACCAUGAAGAGCCCACAGGCCUGCCUCCCAGCAACCCCCUACUGCACGGCCACCAUGCCCCCGGGACCACACAGCCUGGAGGACAACCAGAGGGCUUUACCAAUCUGCCAGGAAGCGGAGCCCGCUCCACCCACUCCUCCAGCAGCUCGGACAUCAAGCGAGAGGACAAGGAAGACGACGAGAACUCAUCCAUAGCAGACAAGUCUGAGGAUGAGAAGAAGGACAGCAAAGCUUCCCGCAAUCGAUCACGAAGGGAGGCGUUUACCCUCCAGAUGCUCUCAGGUGUUUUGUCAGACGCGGGAGACGACCAAGACAAAGACGAUGAGGAAGAUGACGAGGACCUUCCGCCCGAGUUGAAGAUGGAGCGCGAGAAGGAGCGGCGGGUGGCCAACAACGCGCGCGAGCGUCUGCGUGUGCGCGACAUCAACGAGGCCUUCAAGGAGCUGGGCCGCAUGUGCCAGCUGCACCUCAACAACGACAAACCUCAGACCAAACUGCUCAUACUCCACCAGGCCGUCAACGUCAUCCUCAACCUGGAGCAACAAGUCCGAGGUAAGCGCAACCUGAACCCUAAAGCCGCGUGCCUGAAGCGCAGGGAGGAAGAGAAGGUGUCCGGUGUGGUAGGGGAGUCUCCCAUGCAGCUCUCGGGAGCGCACCCUGGCCUGGGCGGAGAAGGACACAACCCAGUCAGCCACAUGUAGAAAACUCAGAUCUGAUGGAAUUUCCAUGGCUCUCAGAAGACGUGGCCUUUCCCUACUCUUCCAUCGGCCCCAUCAUCGUGUGUGUGUGUGUGUGUGUGUGUGCGUGCGUGCACACGUGUGUGUGUAUGUGUGUGUGCAUGUGUACGUGUGUGUAUAGAAAAACUGGGGUAAAUGUGCAUUGCCCAUGAAAUUUACAAGGUGCACGUACACAUACACACAGACCCGUUUCGUCUACACACACACACCUACUGCCAAAACUGACACAGCCUAUUUGCCACACUCCUGACCAUCACUACCAGCGCAAAUGUGAAGAACAUUUCUCUUGUAUACUCGUUUCUUUUCUUCAUUUUGUAUGCUCUUUAUUUUGUAUGCUCAUGUGUUUUUUGGCUUCCACAUUAGGAUGGAGCACUGGAGUAGUUGUCCUUUUUCCACAAAAGGCAAUAUUUUCACUGCCGAGAGGUACUCUGAAUGAGACACCUAACAAAAAAAAGUCAAAAUUUAAUCAAGGAUUUGUGCCUACUUAUGUUUUAUAUAUAUAUGAGACAUUGAAGCAAAUUGCUUUCAUGUGUGGAACAAAUUUUGUUUAGCAAUUGCUCGUGUGAUGAGCAAGUUUAUGUAGUGCGUCAUUCCCAACCUGAAGGUACAGUCUUACUUGUGUUGUGUAACCAAACGCAUAUGACACGAGAGGGACCUCAGCAGUGCUGGAGGCUAUGAUCGUCUCGGAAACGGCCGCAAGCGACGUGUCAUAGGGGUCGUGCGAGGGUUACCCAGCGCAGAGAUGAGGGUAAACUGGCUAGCUUGCUUGUAAGCUGUCAAAGCAGAAGAUUGAAGUGUCCAUCCACAGUGAAAAAGAAAAUAACGAGUGCAACAGACUUCAUUGCUUCAUUUGGGUUAAGAUCCCAUUAACCUGAAGUCAAGGGCACAGUGUUAAGUGUGAAAUAGCAGUGCAGGGUUUUCCCAGCACAAGCAUGGUUUCAGUCACCUCAUCCCGUAUACUCACCCUUGCCGUCGACUUGGAUGAUCGGGCCCUUGACUUAGAUGAUCAUAUCACAAAGCUCUGUGUUUGGCAUUGGAUCAACUCUCAUCUGGUCGACUGAGCUGUUAUUUCUUUGCCUUCUCGCUGGCUGCCACCUGGUGGAGAAGUUGCCUCUCAGUUGUCUUACCCUUUCUCUCUCUCUCUCUCUCGCUCUCUCUCUUUCUCCCUCUUAUUCUCUCACCCAUAUGACUGUAUGUCUGUGUAUGAGUCGUGUCAAUUCCUGCCCGAUAUGGUUGGUUUGUAUAGCUGCUUGGCUAGUGAUUGAGGUUAGGUCCCAGUGCAAAAGCUGAAUUCUCAGCAUUGCUCUUUGAGUACUGCAUUCAGCAGGCCCUAUAUUUCUGUUGACAUAAAUUUCAUAAACUUCAGGAGGUGGGGACAGGUGCAGGACAUUUCACCAUGACCCUUGCUUUUGCGUAGUUGCAAAUCCUGAAUGAAUUGGAAGGUCUUUAGGCUUAACAUUAGAGGAGGAGGCUGCAUUGCAAUUGUGGUGUUUUUUUUUCUGGGUUUAAUUCCACACAAUGCAUUCAUAACGCUAUGGAUGUUGGCUCAACAUUCAGGAAGCAAGAUUGAAUAUAUAGGCCUAUAUGAAUAUAUAAGAAAGUAUAUUUUUGUUAGACUAUACAUUGUAGAUUUUUACAUAAAUGACAAUAUUAGUUUGAAAAUGAAGAAUAUAUCAUAGAGGCAAGGAAGAAGAGUGUAUCACAAAGAAAAUUAAAUGACAUACCCAAAAGGCUGCAAAUCAAAUCAGUCAGUCAGUCAUCUUUUUUUCUAAUGAGGGAGAGAGGGAAAGAUGUAGUUUAAGCAAGCACACUGGCUCAACCACAGAAACAGGGUUGUUCCCAUUUCAAGGGGAUGGUCACAACUGUCCAAGGGAGCUGAAGAGCCAUGCAAAGAACUAAACUGCAAAAUUCGACACAUCACAUUUCAAUUUCUCUUGGUGUGGGAAAUGUUGAGACAAAAGCAAUGCCACUGUCUGCAACUAAAUCCAUUGGAGAUCAAAGUGUUCUUAUGGACGGGUGGUGUAGCUACUAAAAGGCAAUGCCUGCCCUCUGGACUUUGCCUUGCUCAUACAAUUAUGCAACUGGUUUUGAAUGUACCAUUCAAAUAUAGAUUGCCCUUAUUUUCUUUUUUUUGUUUUGUUUUUUAUUUAUUUCAAGGUUGUUGUAGUUUUGUCUGCAGCAUUCCUAGGAGAUGACACCGAUGGGGAACUUUGGUAUUCCUGUACAGUUAAAGUCGGUGGGAAAUUUCUGUGGAAAUUAGGUGGUACAACAGUGUUAUCUGUGGCAAUUGUUAUGCUCCUUAUAUGGAAUGCCACAGACUUGCGCUAUAGUCUUUGUGUUGCAAACAAAACAUAUCACAUCACCAUUUUUGAAGUGGGAAGGGAGGGAAAGAGGGGAAAUCUUUCAAUAUUAAGAGUGGCCUUUUCAUUCUCAAGACGAAACUGGUCGUAUUUGGAGAGUGAAGACUUACCAGUGCCUAAACUUAAAAUUUUCUUUCAGUGCGUAAAACAUUUUCCCUCUCUAUUUUAACAGCAUAACAUUGUAUGUGUUGCUGUCAUAAGAGGUACAUCCCAAUGUUUUUUUUUUUUUUUUUUUUCCCCAUGACAUUCUUUUGGGGGAAAUAUGAAAUGGAAUAAUUUACAUUUUUCAAUGUAUCUAAUGAAACAUUUAACAUGUGUAAAUGUCUUUUUUUAAGUUUGGUAUGAUCUUUUACCUAUGUCAAUGCUGUGGGGGAAAUCUGUCAGGUUUGGUUUAUUUUGUUAACCCCCACUUUUCUUUAUCCCCACUUUGUUUUUCUUCUUUUUCUACUUUGUCAUUUCUAUGCCUCUUGACACUACUGGGUUGCAAAACCUGAGGUUUCAGUCUUUAGCUCUUUGUUCUGUGAAGCACCUCAGAAUGUAAAACUUUGAUGGUAGAAGGGGCCUCUUUUUCUUUUUAAAAAAAUCACCUGAACUGGAGCUCUUUUAUACUAUACUGUCAGCAAAAUUCCUCCUUUAAAUCCGUAGAAUAGGCUUUUGAGUCUGCAAAGAUGUAAUUUUGUCUUUUUUUUUUGGAAAUAUUCUUAUGACGUCUGCUUUGACACUGUCCACAUUUUCAGCAUCUCUGUAAGUCAGAGCUUUGAGUGGCGUUGAUAGUAUCCGAUUGUACGAGGCAAUGUUUUGCAUUUCACUUCGAGAUUUGUUAAUUUUCUAUCACGAGGUGAUACUCGUUGAGGGUGAUUGCAGUUUGUCCCUAUAAAUGGACUGAAUCAUAUUCACAGAAGUUGAAUAAUAAAAUGUACUAAGUGUAAGUAUGCUAAGGUCCUGGGCUGGAGUGAGAAUGAGUGGUCUUGCAUCUCCAUCACAGUACCUUUCAGAACCAGGCAUCUUACAUCUGCAGUACGGACAUGAACAAUACUGCUGUUGUGUCUUCAGAGUGCCUCCAGUUUAGGUCUUUUUUUGUUAUCAUUUUGUUUUAUAUAUAAAUAUAUAUAUAAAGUAGGUAUUGAGAACUGUCGUGUAUAUAACAGUAAUGUAGCAAUAAAUGUGCCAUUUUUAAUGACAGAAAUAUACCUUUUUUCAAUGUCCGGCUUUGAAUCUUGUAUACUUCAAAAAAGAAUAAAAUCAAUUGAAGCGUUGUAAUAAAAGUUUUAUCAUA